AUAAGGCUUUUGUGUACGUACUGAAUAUAGUACUGCCACAGCCUCCCUAAAGCAGUGGACCGUUUGUAAGUAGCCAUCAGUGUUCGAUCGUCUCUGGUGGUUCGCGUAAAAAUUUUGAAUUGAAUAUUCUCGUAUUUCAAUAGUAAAUAUAAAUUCAUUAGAAAUAGUGCGACGAAGAUGUCCAAUACGAAGUCAAGUGUCAAUUAUCGAUGGAUCAUCGUGACUUUUGUAGUUUUGUGUACCUUUCCGCUGCACUCGGAGUCAAUGGACCCAGCAACGAUUACCACUGUUCCCGAGACUUUUCCGUUGCAGAGCGUCGACAAGUGGAGCGUCACCAAAGUCAACGCGAAGAAAAUAACUUACGCGUGGACCAUAAUGAACUUUAGCGUCAACAACAAGCUGGUGAACGAGUAUCUGGAAUCGCCGAUUUUCACAAUAGACGACGAGUACCAAUGGCGUUUGAGGUUUUACCCGAGUGUGACCUACGGGAAAUACACAAAGUUGCACCUAUACUUGUUACCCGCCGCGUACAGGGCCAUCCCAAUCACGUACGAAUUUGGUUUGGUGAACAGCACUUACGGCUUUUACUUUCCAAAGGACAAGGCUACGGCUACUCGAGUUAGUCCCAGCAGUAGUUUUGGAUACGACGAGUUUAUAGAUGUGAGUUCUCUGAAAAAUUUCACUAAAAAUGACCAACUGACCAUCAUAGCCAAACUCGCUAUGCACACCGGUUACACGAAUUACACUUCGGGAAGCUGUGACUCGGCCGGUUUGGGGACACCAGACCACGAUCACACGGACAAUUUUGAAAAUUUACUGGACAACCCGAUUUUUAGCGAUGUGACCUUCAAAAUUAGACUCACCGAGAUCAAAGCGCACAAGGCGAUAUUGGCAACGAUGAGUCCAGUCUUAAUGUCGGAGUUCAUAAAAUUGCAAGAAUUUGGGAAAAAAGCUGUCAUGGAGUUCGACGAUGUCGAGCCCAAAUCGUUCAAGGACAUGUUGCGCUUCGUGUACACCGGCAAAGUGGAAAAAAUCGAGAAAACAGCCAAGGACUUGUUGCCCCUUGCAAAGAGGUUCGGGAUCAAGCAGUUGGAGGAUAUUUGUGAAAGGGCGCUGUGUAAAACUCUGAAUUUGGACAAUGUGAUGGACAUGUUCAAUCUUGCCAGCAACAUCAACGCCACUUAUUUGAAGGUACAGGCGAUAAAGUACAUGACAGCACACACGGAAAGUAUGAUGGAUGCUCCGAAUUUCGCGUCCUUAAUGUCUCAACCUCAGAAUUUGAUUGGUGUUUUGCGCGCGUUGAUCAAUAAUCCGACCACACCUUGAAUACCAUAUCACAUCGAGAACAAUGUCUUUCGUGUCCAAAAGGUUGUUCUCACAAUUAACUACUUUUGUAUACCAACGCUUCAUAAAUGCUUGUUUUCUUUGCCAAGAGUUUAUAUUUUAGAAACCUUUAUACUAUCAUGAAUAAUAUUUAAGUUAAUCAAUUAUUUAACAUUGAAUUUUUCGUAAUGUUGCUCGUGAGUGUGCUACAUUUACCUGACGCAUACCCUUUUGUAGACA